CAGCACUUAAUGAAAAACAAAGCUACCUGGCAAAAAAAUAAAAAAUGGAGAAAACUGUCAAAAAUUUUACAAAAACGUGUAAUGCGGAAGCGUCUGGGUUUAUAAUAGGUUUUUUUAUUAUUUUAAUUGCUUGAAAAUCGCGUAUAUUAAAUAAUUUAUACAUCAGAAAGCGGCAGCGUCUAUUUAGUCACAAAAGAAAAUAUGGGAUCCUCAAAAAAACACAAGAAACACAAAUCUGAACGACGUGAAAAAUAUGAAGAGUAUAGCAAUAAUAUGGACCCUUCACAGCUGCAGCGCGGCUUGAAACUAAUUUUGAAAGUAGGCUCAAAUUCCACACCUGAAUACAGCGGUGGUUCGCCGCUUGCGGGUCCACCUACUGCAGCAGAGGCAAUGAUGUCUGCUGCGCCAAGUAGUCCUGUAGCUGAUGACCUUCCGCCAGCGGAAGAGUAUUAUGGUGAAAAGCAUAAAAAAUCUAAGAAGAAGAAGAAAAAGAAGGAUCGUGAAAAGAAACAUAAACACCAUAAAGAAAAACGUCACCGCAGCGAGCGUCAUGAGCAGACUAGUGGUGGCGAAAGACGCGAUGCUUCUGUCGAGGUGCCAAACGAAGAUAUUAAGCUGGAAGAUAUACCACCGGCUACGAUUUCGACAGUACAACGCAGCCCGAGAAAUGUGGCGCCUCCACCUGUAAUAGAUGGUGAUUCCAGCCAAGAUGGUUUCAGCUUUAUGGAAGAUGGCGAUUCACAGCCAUUACCGGAGAAUAUACUGCUGUAUGCUGGCAUAACCACAGAUAAUUCGCCAUCUUGUCGUCCGGUCUCAAAGCCCAUUGUACCACGAAAAACUGAGGAUAUGCUACUAGAUUCACCGGCAUCAUCAUCGUUACAAUCUUCAUCUUUGGGUGUGGGUGCUUUAGGAGUUAGUAGUCCAACCAAACCUUUGCCUGAUCUUCUCAUUCCGUCGCCAUCAGCUUCGACUGCAGCUUCCACACCGGGUGGCACAAGUUCUUUAGCGGCACUUACACCGAAACAAUUAGAGGCACCAAAAACGCCAAGUUCAUCAAGCGAAUCUGGCCGUGAACCUCGCACUUGUGUACUUAAGCUUAAACAACAAAAAUCGCCUCUGAAUAAGUUAUUAGAUCAUUUACUACGUUUUUUGGAAAAAAGAGAUCCCCACCAAUUCUUUGCUUGGCCUGUCACCGAUGAUAUAGCUCCCGGCUAUUCGUCAAUAAUUACUAAGCCUAUGGAUUUCUCAACAAUACGUCAAAAAAUAGAUGAUAGCGAGUACGGUACUCUGACAGAAUUCACCGACGAUUUUAAAUUGAUGUGCGAGAAUGCUAUCCGUUAUAACCAUGUUGAUACUGUUUAUCAUAAAGCCGCCAAACGGCUACUACAAGUGGGCAGCAAGCAUCUCUUGCCUGAAAAUCUUUUGCGUAGCCUGAAACCGUUAUCCGGCUACUUGCGUGAUUUGACUGCGAAAGAACUUGGUUUUGAUUUACAUGGAGAUUUUGGUAAUUAUGACCAUCAUGGCACAAUUGACUCAGCAGAUGAAGGUGCUUCCACCGGUGCAGAGGAACAAACUCCAGCGCAGUUGGAAGAGGAAGAGAAGAGACGUGCCAUUCGUUUAGAGAAUGAACCGAAGACCCGCUUUGAACCAUAUGUGGAUGACCUCACCUCAGAAGAGAUAUUAGCGCAAGUGCAAGGCGCAGCACGGGCUGCUAAGAAGCGGUUGUCAGCAAAAGAAAAGGCACAUAAGAUGGGUUUCUUGCGGCAGAACAAAGAUGGGACGACCUCUUUGAACGUGCUACUUAAAGAAGAGAAUGAAGGGCCAGAAAAGGUUGUUAGUCUUGGCGAAUUGGUAGGUAAAUUGGAAUCAGGAUCAGGACAACUAUAUUACUCGUGUGAGGACAAACGAAACGAAGCGAAAAUGGUGAAGCCACUUAAUUAUGGUGCUUUUGCAUCUUUCGCACCUAGCUUUGAUUCACGUUUCUCUAAUUUAAGCCGAGAAGAAACGCAGUUGGUUAUGAGAACAUAUGGGGAUGCUACAAGCACAGAGUAUGCUGAGAGCAUUUUAGAAUUUACCAAGGAUUCCAAUUAUGCAUCCAUGCUAGCCAAUGGCCUAUUAGACAUACUCACUAAUGGUGAACACAGCAAAGCAAUGUCCGAUCUUUAUGAUAUGCAAGUACAAAAUCAUGAGCAACAUGAAGUAUUCAAGUGCUUUAGUGCAUCCGGCGGCUUUGGUUGUCUUCAAACGGUAACUCCCACAGCAUCGGAAACUCGCGAGCAAAUCGAGGAAGAAUAUGAAAAGUACAAAAAUACUCGUAUUGAUUUCAAUCGUUUACGUACACUCAAAGAUCUUGGCAUAGAUAUAGAAUUUCUGGAUAAUAUCGAAGCGGAAAUGAAAAAUUUCGAAUUGACUCGCCGUCUGCAGGAGCAUUUAAGCAACAAUUUAAAUUUAAUAGAGAAGUUGCGCGCUACGCAACACGAGCGACUUUCACAGCCAUUGCCGCAGCACUUGGCUUUCGUACCGCAAGCUAGCGCCGAAGAACUGCAUCUGGCGCAUCAAAUUAGCCAACAGCUCGGUGAUGUUGCAAAGAAAUUGCCGCCGUCAGCUGUGGUUGAUCCCUAUAGUCUGCGUAAAGCAAUGGGCAUGUCAAAUGUGGGUCUGCCACCGCCGCCACCACCAACUACCCAACGCGUGCCCUUGCCCGAGGUGCUUCAACAACCAGUGUCAUUGCCGCCGUUACAGCUAGGAUCUCAAAACUCAACUCUAAAUAUUUCAGAUGAAAAUACAGCAGCUGCAGCUCUGCCCAUGGAAAUAGAUGAUGAAGAGUUGCGCGAAAUUUUAGAGAGCGGCAACAGCGACAUGCAUGCAUCUACAAACGCAGAUGAAAAUCCUUGGUUAUAGAGAGUUAACCACAGAAAAUUAAUUAAUUUUUAUUAUAAUUUUAUUAUUUCAUUAUACAGUAAAACCCGCUUAAGUACCUAACC